AAACCUAUUUGAUUGCUUGUGUUCAUGCGGGGGGUGUUUAGUCCUGCGUGCUAUAAUUUAUUUUAAAUUAAAAAACGUUGAUCAGAUGAAAAAGUUUACAUAUUCUCUUUAAGUGCUGUUGAGAUUAAUACCGACUAUAAAAUCUUGUUACUCGAACAUGAACAUUAAAUAUUUUUGUUUCAAUACACCAACGCUCCCCCGUUUCACUAAAUGGUACAGUCGCUAAUGGAUGCCGUUUCUCCGAGUUCUCCAUAACUGAGAAGAUGAGUGAUCUGAAGGAUUGCCCUCCGCUCAAAUACUACGACUUCAAGCCUGUGGAGCAUGUGAAAGUGUGUCCUCGCUACACGGCGGUGUUGGGCCGCUCAGAGGACGAUGGCAUCGGGAUCGAGGAGCUGGACACGCUGCAGCUGGAGCUGGAGACGCUGCUGUCCUCGGCCAGUCGACGUCUCCGGGCGCUGGAAGAACAGAGACAGAUCCUUACAGAUUGGCAGGACAAAAAAGGCGACAAAAGGUUCCUGAAGAUGGGGAAGGAAGUCGAUCCGGCCGUGUCCUCUCGCCAUCCCAAGCCUAAGAAGCCAAAGCUAGAAGGGAAGGCGGGUCACGGGCCCGGGCCCGGUCCGGGCAGACCCAAAUCCAAAAACCUGCAGCCCAAAGUCCAGGAGUAUGAAUUCAGUGAAGACCCGCAGGACAUACCUCGCAACCCCAAAAACGACGCUCCAAACAGAUUCUGGGCUUCAGUAGAGCCCUACUGUGCAGACAUCACCAACGAAGAGAUCAGAGUUCUUGAAGAACUUCUUAAACCGCCUGAAGAUGAAGCGGAGUACUACAAGAUUCCUGCUUUAGGGAAGCACUACUCCCAGCGCUGGGCACAAGAGGACCUGCUGGAAGAGCAGCGAGAGGGAGCGCGAGCCAACGAUAAGAAGAAAAGCAUGCUGGGUCCACUCUCUGAGAUCGACGCCAAAGACGUAGACGCCUUGCUGAAGAAGUCCGAAUCCCAGCACGAGCCUCCGGAGGACGGCUGCCCGUUUGGUCCCCUCACGCAGCGCCUGCUGCAAGCUCUGGUGGAGGAAAAUAUCAUAUCCCCUAUGGAGGAUUCCCCCAUUCCAGACAUUCCAGUGAAGGACGAUGGAGCCGGGACGUCGCCUCGCAGCCAGGGGAAGGCGUUCAGCGUUCCGCACACACGCUCUCUGGAGGCCCGGAUCAGGGAAGAGCUGGUGGCUCAGGGUCUGUUGGACUCCGAGGAGAGACAGGGUACAGGAGGGGACUCGGAGGACGAGGUGCUGGCCGAGCUCCAGAAGAGACAGGCCGAGCUCAAAGCUCUGAGUGCUCACAACCGAGCGCGAAAGCAGGAGCUGCUCCGAUUGGCGCGGGAGGAGAUGAGGAAGCAGGAGCUGCGCCAGUGUGUCCGAGUAGCCGACAACGAGGUGAUGGAGGCUUUCCGGCGCAUCAUGGCCGCCAGGCAAAAGAAACGCACUCCGACAAAGAAAGAAAAAGAUCAGGCGUGGAAGGCGCUGAAAGAGAGGGAGAGAAUCCUCAAACAGCUGGAUGGAUAAAGAAGACCGUGAACUGAUCGUGUUAGUGUAGAGUCGCGGGGACCAGAGUUUUCAAACAAACAGGUCUAACGUCAAGGGCUGGUUCUACACUAAUCCUAGUAGCACCUAGAUGUUACACAGCACCACAGCGUACCUCUAAUAACCCUUUUCCACCAAGACAGUGAAGUUGUUGAGGCUUUGUAAGAACUGGCCCACACUUCCACUGGAAUAUGAGGCGAAUUCUGAAAUAAAAAUGUGACUUUUUGGUUGAUGGACGAAGGUGUAGAACGUUUUAUUAGUCUGGCUUUGACAAGAUAUUUUACCCUCCAUAGUCAAACCCUUCAGCAUCACCUUAUUCUCACGCAGUAGAAAGGUGACCUGCAUGCUGUUCUCGCUCUUGAGCCGUUUCUUCCGAGUGUGUGUCUGCACAUGAGAAGUCUCACUCUGUUCGUUGCAGUUUAUUUCUUCCUCAGACGCAAAACCAUUCUGUUUUUUUUUGCAGCUAAAUAAUUUGAAGACCAGCAGUUUGGUGGUAGUGUGGGGUAAAGUGGAGAAUGGUUCUAGGUUUGAUGAUCAUAACCAGCAGUGGAAAAGGACCAUUAGAGGUCAUUUCAAAAGGGUUUGUUUGCAUGAAAUGAUGCAUGAAACUUGGGGAAAGAAUCCAUCAUCUUAAUGAGAAUAACCAUUCAGAUUCCACGCUUAAGGUCAAACCGCAAGUCGUUUAUUGUUGGAAUUGGACGUAAGACCGUUUUUGUUAAAAGACAGAUAUUCCUAAUUCCAGUCUAGAACCAGCCCUGUACGUGUCCCAUUGAGCCACAUGAUGUGCACUAAGAAUUCACUGAUACACUACUGUGAGAAAUCCUGUCACCAUGACGACGCCGGAUCCCUGGACUUGUACGAGUCAGACCUUCAGGUACGAGUGCUUGUUUCAUUGCCUGUGGUACCGUAAUGUGAGCAAAGAGGAGCUGAGCUUUUGCACUCGUAUCCUGAGGGCUGAUGCAGCUGGAUCCUGGGGUCUCUCUACCAUGUUUGCCUUUUUUUUGUACAGUUCUCUGUGAGCAGCAAGUAACUGUUACAGACAGUUUUGCCACCGCAUGUGUUCAGCAGGAAGCAUGUUCCUUUUCCUUAUGUUUUCAUUUUGGUUUCGAACAGAAUGAAUAAAGAAACGGACAACACAGUGUCGGAAUGAAAGAAUUCCAUGGCCAGGAUAUUGUUUACUGAUUUUUGUUUUGUACAAAACACCAUGAUUUUGAAUUUUUGUGAUUUUUUUUUUUCUUCUCAGUGCUGUUCCAUGUAAGCAAGAAAAAUAAAACAAAGGUUUAAUGAGA